AUGUGGAUUAGCUUUGCGAACGAGCAUUCGCCGACCGGCUACGAUGUCGAAAACUUCAAUGUGACCUGGCCUACCUACAAGCCCGGAAAUGCGGUGAACAUGCUAUUUGGCAUUGAUGAAACGAAGCCGGAGCAGGAAACAUCCAGAACUGUUGCUAUCCGUUAUAUCAUUAACUCUUUCGGCGAUCUACGAGUUUAA